AUGAGUCUGACUGAGAGCAAAAGGACCCAGCCCUCCCUCAAAGAAAAAACUACGACAAAUAAAGACUUGAUCCUUUCAUCAUCUAAAGCAGAAAAGAACAUUACAGUAUCCAUGGCGUCAGAGAAUGAUAAUGAUAGUUCAAAAAACAAGCCGUCAUUGAGAAGGGAGGAGUUAGAGGAAAUCGCGAAACAGCUCAAAAAAAAGUUGUCAAAGGCAUCGAUAGCUGCCAAACAAUCUAUUUCACCAUUGAGUAAAGACCAAACAGAUGCCAUCUAUAAAGUUGAAAAGUCCAGCCCGUUGAAUCAUCAUCCUAAGAGACGGCUGUUCGCUUCUCCUACAAAUUUUAGCGGGAAGAUCUUGAGCUCUUCGUCCCUGGGUGACAUGUAUUCACCGCAUGAAAUAUCUCCAACUCAAGUGAAAUCACCAGCAGGUGUAUUUUUGAAUUCUUCCCCCUUGAAAAAUAUUGCAAUAGACUCUGACGUUGAUAAGUUGCCUGAUAGUCCAUCGAGAAAAAACGUCUCUGUUAAAAGGGAGUCCAAAGGAGAACCUCAUAUGAUCUUGGAACAGGUACCGUAUCCCAGCACACCUAAAAAAAACCCUGCGAUCUUGAUGCCAUCAUCUAGCUCCAAAUCAGCGUUGCUGGACCACUCUCUGAAUCAACAGACUACUCCAACCCUACAAAAGAAGCAGCUUUAUGGUAACUCGAGCACUACGUCUUUAUUGAAGACACCUACACAAUCUCGACCAAAUACAGGUGGCUCCUAUAACGACGAUGAGGGCGCUGAUCUCUUGAUGUAUUUGGCAACGUCUCCCUCUCCUGCGAAACCAUUUUACUCUAAUACCCCAAGAUCAAGUCAUCACCAACAUCAUAACAGUUCCUCAUCAUCAGUGCCGAAUUCUGCAGGGUCUUUAUCAGUCUCGGGUAAACCACAUUCUCCAAGCUCUCAGAAUUCGUUUACUGCACCCCCUCCUUUGACUCCAAAACAUAACCUUUCCAACUCGGCAAGGACUCCUCAAAAUAGGGUCACUCCAUCGGUCAACCUUCUCAAUGCCUUAAACGCCACUACAGCUAAUGGACUUCCUUCUUCUGGGUUGAGCCUUACUCCCGCUGGGUUCAAUAUGAGUGACUAUGUCAACUUUUUUACGCCAUCCCCUGGAAGUGCCAACGUGCAUAAUAGUAACAAUUUAAGCGCACACUCGAAAGCAUUUUUAAAGACGCCCGACUUUAACAAUAUAGUGAGCUCUUCAAUGCAAAAGCAGAGGGUGGAUGGUAAGAUGAUUAAUUUUGAUAAGGUAUUGUUUGGAAACUCAAGUUCUAAUGGGGAGUCGUACUCGAAAGAGUAA